GUUCCGAAUUCUGCCAAUCCAGCAUCUGCGACUGGGUAAGUCAUUUAAGGUGUGGUCUGUGCGCAUAUUCACAUAACUUUCGGAUUAUCAAUGCUCCGACAUUUGCCCGACCGCGGCCUCGCCAAGCUACCAGCCUGCGCAUGAGGCUGAAUUCAAAGCAUCAAGCUCUCAACCUCAAUAGCCAUUAUCUCACUGUAAUUAUUUCAAAGAGCCACCAUACUCUAGAGAUCCUUGGCGCAUUUAACCCACCCGCAUCAGUCAACGAUUUCAACAACUCGUCAGCGAUCACGAACUCCGGCAAGGCGCGCACCUUAGAUUAAUCACCUUCGCACUCUCCCAAGCUCGCGCCUCGCCAACUCCUCUGCUGCAUUACAGCGCCAUUGAAUAUGGCGUCUAGCCAGCCUCAGACGAAUGGCAUCCCAGCCUCAUCGGCAGGCACGUCCCAAACUAUUCCCAACACUCAGACUUCAGCAGCAAGUCAGCCCACUGCCGCCUCGCAAAACGGCCCUCCCGCAACGCCCUCCACAACAGCCCCGCGGCCACGCGAUGCCCGACUCAUCGAACUCCUGUUGACAUCCCAGGGCGUCACGGCGUAUGAGCAGCGGGUCCCAUUGCUGCUUCUCGACUUUGCGUACCGACACACUUCGUCCGUGCUAAGCGACGCGCUUCACCUCUCAGGUGACCCAUACAUUACACAAGCUGGCGCAAAGCCAUCCGCGUCUUCAGGUGCAACCGCACCCGCCCCAGGCGAUGCCGUUGUAUCUGCCAACGCAGUCAAGUUGGCCAUAGCAGCGCGACUUAGCUACCAAUUUCGGGGAGGAAGCGCCGGCGGCGGCAUCAGCAAAGAUUACAUGCAGGAGCUGGCUCGCGAGCGGAACAAAGUCGCCCUACCCAGGAUCGUACCCAAUGAAUGGGGUGUACGGCUACCGAGCGAGCGCUUCGUUCUUAGUGGGACCAGCUGGGGCUUGAAGGAUGUCUGGGAUGAAGAGGACGAAGAGGAGGAGGGAGGCGAUGCCAUGGAGGGAAUCGAGGGCCCCAACCCCGAGGAUGUCGGCGGGGAUGGCGUGGAAGGCGGCACUGUUGAGGAUAUGUUUGGAGAAGAUGUAGACGAGGAGAUGGCGGAGGAAGGCUAGUUGGCGACCGCGUCACCAGGCUUUACUCAUUUUGAACAAUCCAGGUACCCGUAUCUCCAAAAAGAAGGGGUUGUGAGGCUCCCCGCAUAGUGCUUCUUUGGACGGCGUUGCUGGCGUUUGGGCCAUUAAGGGUUUCUAGGCCAUAGAUGCCUAUUUAUUAGGGGAUGGAAAGCAGAAUGAAUUGGAAUUAGAUCAACAUUCGAGGCCUGCGAGCAAAGAAAGUUCAGAGGUGAAUGCACAAAUGAUAUGCACGACACAAUAUUCACUACGGAUAAUUCACGCUGCCACGCUGCAGUGCAUCAUUACAUUUCCUAGGACAAUUCUCAAUCUAUCCAGUU